UGCUCCGCUCGGCGGCGCUGCGCAGUAGCGGCACUUCCGGCGCGGCCAUUUUGUUUUUCAGGGCUCACCAAGGGUAGCGGCGUCCAGCCGGCCGCGCUCCCCAGCACUAUGUUCCCCGUGGCUAGGGCCGCUCUGAGCCUCGCCGCUCGCCGUGUUCAGCAUACUGCAGUAAGGCAAGCUCAUCACAAACAUGAGCCAAACUUCCAUGACAAGUAUGGAAACCUGGUACUGCUUGGUGGAGCUGCAGUUUUUGCUACUGUCUGGGGUUAUGUGUUUACACAAGCUGGAAUCGAGUGGGGCUUGUCGCCUGUUGGCAGAAUCACUCCAAAAGAAUGGAGGGAGUGACAGCCCCUGCUCGUAACGAACCGGUCCGAGCUUUCACUGAAAUCCUGACGGCAUUUGUUCCCCGAGUACCACCUGUACCGUGGCAUUCCUGCUCUAAUAAACAUACCUAGAAACCUG